CAAAACCACAAACUCACCCCACUGGAAUAUAGUGUUGUAACAUAAACGUGUAGUGAGAAGAACGGCCUGAAGAGGUCAGCAAUGAGUCAAGUCAGAAAUGCGUCUCGUCUGCCAAAUACAAGAAGAAGAAAAACGAAGAAGAAGAAGGAGGACACGGAAGCAGAAUAGUCGUACACAGCAGUUAUCCAAACACAGGCAACUACAUUUUUGCCUAGAAGCAGCGGAUGCCGGCCUUCGAUCCACAAUGAUUUCACAUGGUUUUAGGAGCAGCAAAAAGGACUUUACCUUUGGUCCUUGGAGAGUGACGACUGCAAAAAACCAUAUAAUGAAAUCCAAAGACAUUGAACGAUUAACCGAAGAGAUGAAUUUACCCUCCCUCCCAGAAAUGUUAUUUGGCGACAACAUCCUGCGCAUCCAACACAGCAACGGCUUUGGCAUUGAAUUCAAUGCCAUUGAUGCCCUAAAGAGAGUAAACAAAUCAGAGCACACCGUCAAAGUGGCUUGUGCUCAACAAUGGCAGGAGAGCAGAGCUGUUUCUGAACAGUCCCAAGAUGUGGUGAGGCCGUAUGACUGGACAUUCACCACAGAUUACAGAGGGACCCUGAUUGGAGAGGAAAUGCAAAUGAAGGUGACUGAGACGACAGAAAGAAUUAACUUGGAGAAGCUGAGAGCCCGUGAACAGAUCGUGUUCUUUGAUGAGAUUCUUCUGUUUGAGGACGAACUGCAUGACCACGGGGUCUCAAUGAUAAGUGUGAAAAUUAGAGUGAUGCCCACCAGUUUCUUCUUGUUGCUGCGGUUUUUCCUACGAGUGGAUGGUGUGAUGAUAAGAAUACAUGAUACCCGACUAUAUCAUGAGGCUGGAAAGAACUACAUGUUAAGAGAGUUCUGCAAAAGGGAAAGCAACAUAACAGAACUGAAGCAUUUUUGAUCCGGGACAACCCUAAAAGCAGACAUGGAUUUUGACUGCAAAGACUCCGUCGCUGCUCAGUACGAUAGAUUGAAGUCGACAGUGGUAACAAUAAUUGAAUGUACAAUUUAUAUACACUCGAUGAGCGUGAAUGUCAUCCAUUUAGGCUUUCAUUGAUUUAUUUGAAGCUGGUUCUUUUAUUGACGCUGUAGUGUUAAACAAUGUCUUUUUAGGCUGGAAAGACUACCGGCUAACAGUGUUUCCCCAGCCAGUACACACUUCUUGGCCCCAAAAAAAUGGUCACACACUCUAAUAUUUGGUCAGAAUAAUUUGAACAUCUUUUGGAGUCUUUCUACUGCUUUCUAUUAAAGUUUGAAAUGUAACUGUAGAGGAGGGAGCGUAGUGCGGUGGGCCACUGUGCGCGCGGGCACGUGUACGUGUUUGUGACGGUAUUCGUAAGCCCCCCCCACCACAAAGCUGUAAACCAAGGAGAAACACCGAGCUACCUUGGUCACUAUCAUGACCACUAAGGAGAAGUUCUAAUCGGCGUAUCCUUGUCAAGCUAAAAGGCAUUCUAGAAGAUGAAGGUAUGCAUAUAUCUGAGACUGUAUGUAUAACUUUUACCUUGUGUGGAUGAGACAAUAGUCCAAAUAAAUUCAAACUUUCGCCCAAUUCUUGUUUUGUGGUUUCUGGACCCAAAUUAAUAACAUUCAUACUCUUGAGGAGUAUUCUGCAAAGCGAGUUUAGUGGGUUAGUGAGCUGUGUUAAGUCGAAAGCCGGACUUGCGUGUUCAGCGAAGGUAGCGCUCUUUUAAAGCAGUUGUAUCACCAUGGCAACUUGGGCUGAACUCAUAACCUGGUCGCGACCAUGUUAUGUCCGUGCUUUCAGCUUAAAAUCAGCUAUGAAAGUGCCACUCUUUCACUGUUUAACUAAUUCGGAGAUGACCUCACCGUUUAUUGAGAACCUACGAGGUUCCUGGGGGGACAUGGAGAAAAUAACAUUUGAAAAAAGAGCAUUCCCUGAUGAUGUUAUCCAUCUAUAAGAGAUAUAGAUUUUCAGACGAGGGAAUACGCUAGAUGUGCUCACACGAGCACC